UAUGGCUCAGGCUUGUCUCUAGGCGGCCACUGAUAGGCCAGCGGCCGGCCGCACGUGGCAACCUCCGUACGGUGGGUGGUCUCUGGUGCGAGAGUUGGUCCCCAGCUUCGUGGGGUCCGUGGGCUCUGCGGCGGGCGCAUCACGUGGUCGGGCCCUAUUUCCGGUGCGAGGACCGUUUCUGACCUCGAGUGACCCUAACCGUUUUACCCCCGCUGCUCGGGAGACGGCUCGCCACUAGCCGGUUCCCGCGCUCUCAGGAGGCCGGUUUGGCUGCUCUAGCGCCAGAAAAGGUCUGUGCUGUGACCCUUUUUCUUCCUCGUGGAUGCGCUAGAAGCAGUUGAGGAGUGACUUGGCUUAAUGGCUCCCCCUCGGGAGCCGGGUGGCGGGGAAGGAGGAUUUUCCCGAGGGAAGAGAAAAUAGUUACUUCCCGGGCAAAGCGAGUGUACGCCGCAGUUUCAGCAGCGCUGCGGCUGGAGUGGUUCGGUUCGGUUCCGGGUGGUUUGGGAUGGUUCCGCUGGUUCGGGGUGGUUGCACUUGGUUCCGGGUGGUUCCCCCUGUCCCUCCUGGGCCAGCGCGUUGGCGCUUCUGAGAAUUGGCCGCUUGUUGGCGGCUUGGUGCUGACUUUGUGGUAACAGGUGAUCGUUUUUCCAUCCUCUCUCUUUCUUGGCAGGUGUGGGGGGAGGUUGUGGGGGGCGGAAGACGAUCAGACUUUAUAUAGACUUUUGAGUGUAAAGAAUCUAUUAACUGGAGAGUUGGUUCGUUAUAACGUGUUUUGUGAUGCAACCGUUGAUUCUGAGGCUUUGAUUGUAACUGCGAUUGAUCAAAGACAGCUUCAGCGCAAAGAUGUGGCUUGAGCGGGGUCCUUUGACAGCUCGCUCUGUCGGGGACUGCCUCUCUGCCUCGGCCUGGCUCUCCCGGAGGUCGGGCUGCUCCAGUUUGAACCUGCUUUAAUGUUUACGAAUCGUGAUUUUACAAGCAGCUUUUCUGCACGGAGUUUUAGAAAGCUGGGCCAUGGAAUCGAGUGUGGCCGGCUUUAUCCCCCGUCUGGCAGACUCUGUGCUCUCUCAAGUUUGCUGCGGACAGAAGGGCUACUUUUGAGUCCUGACGGGAUUUUUAGAAAGUAAUCAAUGUCUUGACACAGUUUAUUGGGGGGAAAAAAAAAUCUAGAGUGGGCUUGCUGUUGUAAUCUGCCCUAUUUGCUGAGAAUUUUGGGGUGAAACGCUGUUUUCAUCUGUCGUCAUUGUGAUACGCGGAUGGCAAGUGAAUGCCUUGCACCUUGGGAGGCAGAAGCCUCAGGUGACUUGAAAAAUGACUUUGAUGUGUCUUAAAUGUGUCUUUCUAAAAACCCGAUGUUUAGAUUACCUAUCGUAAAAUGUAAAUGAGCUUCCUAUUAAGUAAACUUAUUUAGCAGGAUUUUGAAUUUAACCACUGACAUUAAUUUUAAAUAAUCUAGUCAUAGUUGGGCUCUAGGAAAAUUGUUGCAGAAACUUAACGUGUGGGGAGAAGUGAAGGGGAACUGAAACUUAGGCUUUGCCUGCUAUAAACCAAACAUGAUGCCUAGUGCUUAACUGUCAUUGGGUCCCACACAACCCUGUCAGGUAGCCGUUACUCCAACUUUAUAGGUUAAAAAGUUGAGGCGCAGAGGGGUUAAAUCCCUAAGACAAAAUAAAAAGUUUUGCAGUUCCGAUUCUGACUAUUUAUUAAAGCCUGUUUCUUUGCACAUGCCCCACUGCUUUAAAUUCGUUUGGGGGAAAUGGUUGCUCUCUCUGCAGUGUAAGGGUACAGUGUGAAGGAGAACUGUGUUGUGAUGCUGAGGAUUUGUUGUCAAGGCGUUCAAUAACAGAUGGAUUCAGUGGGAGGAUGUUGUGAAUACCUACAGAGCAGUAGCCAGCGGUGGGGGCUCUGUGAAAUAAAUCAUGGCCUAUUUGCAAGAUAGGAAACAUAAGAAGUGACUACGGUAUAUCUACAGUUAUUGAUUUGGAAAGACUUCUUUUACAUUUACUUUUGUCUCUUUUUGAGCUUUAGAUCAAUUGAAUCACACACUGUAUUCUUUUCUGUGUGUUGAGCUUUUGCCCCACGUUUUGGUUGUGAGAUUCAUCCUGGUUGGGUGUAGCAAGAGUUGGUUUAUUCUCAUUGCCGUGUAGUCUUCCUUUGUAUGAAAACACCAUGGCUUAAGUAUUCAUAACUUGUAUUAGUCUUAUCAUCAGAAAAAAUAGUCUAAAAAAGUAAAACUUAAGUUACAGCUCAAAUCGGAGGUACUUAAUAACUUGAAGUUAUCCCACAAUAUUAGACUACAUUUAUCUAAUUUGAGAGUUAGAUUUGCUUCCAGCAUUUACUCUGUAGCCUUUAUCUUGUGAGGCAUUCACUUCACAAUUUCCAACCGUUUGAUCUCGAUUCGUAUCCCUACGGGUGAGCAAUAAAGCCCUUUCUAUUCUGAGUCACUAAUGGAAGAAUUGUUGUUUUGUUGCUCUCUAAAAAUUCAGCCAGGACUCCAGUUCAACUUGAGUUGGCAUUUUAAGAACAUGCCCAUAUUAAGUUUAAUAAGGCAGUAAGUGUGUAAAGUAACUCUUUUAUGCAUUGCUUUUCAGGAAUAAAAGUUUAACCAGUCCUAGGUGAUCAAGCAAGUUUCACAAAUAACCCCCCCCCAGCAAGUUUAAAAAUAAUUAGGCCCAACUCAGAGGAAGCGGAGUUACUCCUGUUGCACACAAAAGAUGUCUAGUGGCUCCAGUGAAGUCGACGUGGUUUGUAUUUCAAAUUGAAAGUCUUUGUUCUUUUCAUUGUGUUCUGUUUCUUUCCUAAAUCGAAUUUAAUUUCAUACAGUGAAAUGCAGAGGUUGUAAAUGUACAGUUCAUGAGUUUUAGACAUUAAUAUAUACAGCUGCUAUGAACAAUGUGUACAAGUUUUUAAGUUUUACCCUGCCAAGAGUCAUUUUUUUCCUCUGACUCUUUUCACAUGAUGAUGUGAAAGCACUUUGAAAAGCCUAAGGCACUAUACAAAGGUAAGAUGGUAUAUUUUUCUAAGUACUAAUUAUAGCCCGGUUCCACAUUAUUUUAUGUCUCGACAUAUAUACUUCUCAGUGUGUUUUAAAUUACUCCUAUAGUUCAUAAUCCAUUUUUAGACUAAAGAGUUAUUAAGUGAAAUGUAAUGGCUUUUCUACUGUCUUAUUUAUUUAUGCAUUGUCUUAUUCCCCCAAAAACGUUUUCCGGUGAUUUAGAGAUGAAUUUAUCAGGAAGAAUAGGUGCUUAGGUGUCUCCCAUUUUGUCCACAGAGUGGCACUGUUGGAUUCUUUAAAAACCAAGACCCAUGGACAGGGUUCUUUGUAGUAGAAAUCCUUGCUUUUAUAGCAGUUUGGGGAACAAAUUCCUGGAAGAGCAGUCUUCCUACCCCGAGGUACACAAGAGGAAGAUGAUGUCUUACGUGUAGUUAGGUCAGCGAGACAACAGUUUUGCAAGUACAUCUUUUCCCGAAGGCAUAGUAUUUACAGUGGACAAAGGUCUGAUAUCACGAAUUGGCUUUUGGCACUUCUUGAACGUAAAAGUCAAGUCCUCAAUUUUUCUUUAAGUUCUGUCAUCUUUCCUUUUAAUUUGUUAAUAAAUCUUCCUUAGAUAAGAACACGAAUCCCUGCUUGUGAUGAUGAUAACACUGUUCUUUAUGCAUAUGAACCAAAUACUGCAAAUACCAAUAAUCAGGAAAGUGUUGUGUCUGACACAGCCUACAAUGAAGAGCAACAAAAAACAGUUCUGGACGUCCUUACUCACUGCCAGGCCAUCCAAGAUGCCAUUCAAAACCUGGAUAAGAAGUUUGAUGUUAUUCACGGAAAGGUUUCAAAAAUCCAUCGUCUUCGUAUGAAGUCAUUGUGGCAAAAUCGUAUGAUUUAUAGUGGGUUUGUGUCAUUUCAGAAGCUACUUGGAUAUGCAUAUAAAACUUACCUGCUUUCUAGAAAGAGCAAAGUGCACAGAGUUAGGAGAAGGGAGUCUCCCGCUGUAUUCUCCUACCCUGAAAGUUAUAGCCCAACUACGCCAGUAGCCAGACGAGAAAAUGAUUCCGAGAGCUACCCUAUGGGAACACCUUGUCCCUCCGAGAGUUCCCCGGAACGAGAGCAGGAGUCAUUCUUCCACGACCAGGAGCCAGGCUACAGCCAGAGCCCACCACUGCCCUCCUUCUACCCUACGGAUUCCUACCAGUCCUACUACACACCCGAUGAUCCAAUGCAGGACUCCUCUUCCAUGCCUUGCUACGGCAGCCCGGGGGCCCGCAGCUCCUGCAGUGUCUUCUCAGCCACCCAAGCAAAUGCAGCAGUACCUGGCACCAUGCUGGCCCAGGGGGAACCCAGUCCAGCACAUAACCCUGAGAUGAUGGGCUACCCAGCUUUACGGGAAGAUAACCUCAGUCAGAAUGCCGCCUCUCUCUGUGUCCCGGGCAGCUACGAUCCAAGUUCACCAGUUGGAAAUGACACAGAUGUUCUGAAACAAACCUACUCCAGUGAGCCUUCAACCUGGUCUGUGGAUGAAGUGAUUGUGUUCCUGCAAAGUGUAGAUCCUCAGCUAUCAGACCCCCUCACCGACCUCUUCAGGCAACAUGACAUUGAUGGGAAGGCUCUGCUACUCCUCAAGAGUGACAUGAUGAUUAAGUACAUGGGGCUGAAACUGGGGACAGCCGUGAAGUUGUGCCACUACAUUGAAAGGCUUAAAGAAAAAUACUUCAACAAUUGAAAAACUGUUUAUAAAUUAGAUUAGACUUAAUUCUGGGGAGACCAUUGCUCCCCAGAAAAAUUGUCAGUUUUCUGCCCUUAGAUGUUUUUCUUACGUAAGAGAUUGCUCUAAAUAUGUAUCCAGAGUCGCAGAACCAUGUUACAGUCCAGCCCGCUUCUUUAGAAGCCACUUCACAUGUUAGUGCUAGCAUUUUCACGCUGCUUGUUUGUUCUUUAUACCUUCAUUCUUUUCAUUGUAUAGUUUACAGAUAUACUUCGUGCAGGAAACAGAAACACCUUUGAUUGUGGUUAACUAAUGGUUGUCUGUACAACUACAACAGCCAAAUCCCAAAGAGGAAGGUCUCAGAGACUGACAGGCUCUCUAAUGAAAUGCACGAGGUGUUUUCCUCAGAAGCGUCUUAAAAGAUGCAACUAUCGACAUCAUCUCUUUCUCAAAUACUUUGUCACUGCAGUGUUCUGUUCUUGUUCUACCCGUUUCCAGAAAGGGAUAGCCAUAUAAAUUAUUUUCCUUUUGUUAUCAUUUCUCUAUGUUUUAUCUGGUCCUAUUUAAAGGGGGGAACAAGCAACCUUAUAAGCUUUCAUGAAGUGUUCUUAUCAACUUUUUACAAUAAGGUAGAUAGACAGCAGAGUUGUUUUAUGUAAGAGGUAUUACACUACAGGUGGCUUGGAUGGAGUCUGAUUUUAUUGUUUCCAGUUAAAUACCUGUGUUUUAAAACUCCCAUAUUGUGCCUAAGCUUGCUUUUUUAACUAGGCAGGCAUUCACUUCUCGCUCUCACUGAAGAUGCCUAGGUUCUAAUUUUUAAAAGAUACAUGUUUUAUUCUUCAUGUGGAUACUGGUUCAUAUUUAUAUUUUAUUCUCUAUCUGAAGUAUUCACACAAGUCUUUUCUUUUUGAAUUGAAAACGGCACUUUACACUUGCACAGAGGUAAAGAUGAACUCCCUACAUAGUGAGAUGCCUUUAUUCUGUAAAACAUGUGCACACCCUUUGCUGCCAUUGGUCCCUCUCGGCUUACUCUUCAGUUUCCAUACAGGGAAGUUCUCAGUCUUGUGCAGUGUUCCUCGUUAAUUUGCUUUCUGAGCCGUUUAUCCUACUAAACUUUCCAAGAUACCUUAGCUCUGAUUUGUCAUGCUGACCUUUAUUUUACAUAGUAGAACUUUCUAGUGAAACAUGCUCAUCGUUGUUAUUUUGUUAUUUAUUACAUCUUUAAUUGUAUAAUAUUUGAGGUAAUGUUUAUAAGCUAUAACAAUUGGUGCUCAUUUUAAUUGGUGCUAAUAAGAUGUUCACCAGGGCAAGAGUAUUUAUUUUCUUUCAAGGAAACCACGUGUACUUUAUAAGCAAAUGCAACCAUUUAUUGGGCAUAUAUGAUUUAAAGGAUGUUUUUUUUUUUCUGUUAUUCCUUUUGUGAUAAACAAGAUCCUAGUUAAACUUGGUCUUUGAGAUUGUGUAAAGAUGCUGUGCCCAUUUGAACAGUCCUCAGGUGUUUGUAUAAAUACUAUGUUAUUUUUAUAGUUU